AUUACUGUUACCUUACUUGGAGGAAGAAAUUAUAGACGACGAAGAAUUUUCAGUGUUUUACGAGGCGUAGCUCCACAAAAUCUUCCAUUUCGGCACUCGGCAUACGAGAAAUUUUCUCUCGAAAACAAAAAUUGUGCCGAAUGCAAAGCUGAUUUUCGCGUCGAUAAAAGGCAUAUCGCAUUACUUAUUGAAGCCUUAAGAGUUCCGCUCAUCUUCAAGUGCUCUAAUGGAACUAUCUGUGAUGGAACCGAAGGCCUCCGUAUUGUCCUAAAGCGGUUCGCAUAUCCAUGCCGCUAUUCCGACACGAUGCCAAUCUUUGGGCGAUCGGUGCAUCAGCUGAGUUUGAUAUAUAAUACUCACGGGCACAAGGUUACACGGUGGAACCAUGGUAUUUUAAACCCACCUUUAAUCGCUACGUAUGCAGAUGCGGUCCAUUCUAAAGGAGCAGUCCUUCAUAACUGUUUCGGCUUUAUAGACGGAACUGUGCGGCCCAUUAGUCGGCCGAUAUCAAACCAGCGAGUUGUUUAUAAUGGCCACAAACGCGUACAUGCGCUCAAGUUCCAGGCCGUCUCGCUUUCCAAUGGACUGAUUGCUAAUAUCUACGGUCCUGUAGGUAAGCCUCAGAUUUUUUUUCUAUUCACAAAGCAACCUUUUUUCCCUUCAUUGGCAUGUUUAUGGAAUUUUUCUUUCAUUUUACUUGCCUCUUACUUUUGCCUUAUUUUUUGGUGAAAUUCUUUUAAUAAUUGAUAACAGCCUAUUCAAUUUCUUGUUUCCACGCCAUAUACCCUACGUGCUAGUUAAAUGUAAAGCCUGCAUGACUUGAUUUUAGCGAACAUUGAUGAUGAAAUAUAUAUCCUUAAUUUGUUUUUGGAGUGGAACCUUUAUUUUCUUUCCUUCUUGUAGAAGGCAGAAUGUUGGCAGUCUCCCAACUGUAUGAUGAUUUACAAAACUUUGCAUUUGACCCCGUUGGUAGAGCAAUAUGUUUAUAUGGGGAUCCAGCAAACCCACUCAGGGUUCACUUGCAGGCACCUUUCAGAGUUGGCAUUCUAACAAGAGGUAUGGAGAUG